AUGGCUAGUAUAGAAUUGGAUAUUUGGCGAGGAGAAUGGGGACUCGCGUCCAUCGAUUUAGAAUGCCUUAAAGUUUUAACGUAUAUGAAAUUUAUUGGAGUACCAGUGCGAGUGCGAGAAGCAAACAAUCCAUUUUUCACACCAAAAGGUAGACUGCCUGUCAUGAGGGACGGCCGUAAACUGCUCACAAAUUUCGAAGAAGUUGUAGAACAUCUGAAAUCUUUGCAUUACAGCACAGAUGUUCAUUUAAACACAAAACAAGCAGCUGAAGCGAGUGCAUUUACACAAUAUUUAGGCGAAAAAUUGUAUCCCGCGUACCAGUAUGCAUGGUGGGUGGAUGAGAAAAAUUACUGUGACUUAACCAGACCAACAUAUGCCAAAGCUCUAUCUAUUCCGUUUAAUUUCUAUUACCCAUCAAGGUAUCAAAAUGCAGCCAAGGAAAUGAUUGAUGCAUUGUAUGGAGAACAUACAGAUUUAAGGGAAAUUGAAAGAACUCUGUACAGUGAAGCAGAGAAGUGCCUCAAAACCUUAUCAGAUAGGCUGGGUGAAAGCGAAUACUUCUUUGGAAACCGUCCAUCGUCAUUUGACGCUACAGUUUUUGCAUACUUGGCGCCCCUUGUCAAAGCACCCUUCCCAAACCCCACGUUAUCUAACUUUGUCAAAGGCAUUGCUAACCUUACAAGAUUUGUUGCCAGAAUUAACCAGAAGAACUUUAGGCAUGUUACAGAUGAGUACAACAAACAAAAUGCAAAGAAACAGUCAACGGGUACGCAGUCGGAACGUGAGGCAGCCAACUUCCCGAAUCAGACUCGCAACAAGAUCUUAGCGGCUUUAUUCGCUGCGAUAGCCAUGACGGGGUAUGCUGUCGCCAAUGGAAUGUUCCAGGACCUCAAAGAUUUCGAACAUUCGCGCGAAUACAACGAGAUGUUUGAGAAUGACGAGGAUGACAACUGA